AUGGUUAUUAACAUUAACAAAAACACAGAUAAAGAAACAAGAUGUGAUGCACUUGAGAGCGGAAAUGGUCGUGAAGAUGAUGAAAUCGAGGAAAAUUGUUCCAAAAACCAAGAAACCGCAAAAAAAUACUACUGGUGUUAUCUAGUGAGAGGUAAAAGGACAAAGUAUCCUCCAAAAAUAAACGAAGUGCUGGAAAGGAACUUCCAAAACCAAGCGCCGCAGACAAAGUGGGCUGAAUCUGGAAAAAUUUUUGUUGUCGAUUUCGGUAAAAUGAAGGAAACAGUUAUAAAAAUGACUAAAAAUAAAAAUAUGGAUGAUGGUGGAAAAGAGAAGAGAGAUAAUGAUGAGAAGGGAGAGGAUGAUGAGAAGGGAGAUGAUGAUGAGAAGGGAGUGGAUGAGGACGAUGAUGAAGAGGAGAUUGAUGUCGAAAGAGUCGCUGAAGAUGACGGCUGGGCAACAUUAAACAAAUCCAUCCAUGAAAAAAUCAUCAAAUUUGUUUCUAUCGACUGUCAGCAAUUGUACCAAGCCACGUAG